AUGUCAACAAUGCCGAUGUCGGUAGGAGCAGCCGUCGAAGAUAAGACGCCCGACCGCUGUGACGAUGAGAAGAAGACGAAGAAGAAGCCGUCGGCAGUUAUUCUGACGAGAGAGGAAACGACGGUUGUCACUGAGAAUGGUGUUGUCAAACAGCAAAUAUGUUCCGGAAAACUGAUUUUCGGAUCAGCGUGGGUUAAUAAGAUGGCCGAUUCGGUAUUUCCAACACAAGCGACAGCUCAAACCCGCUAUAUUAGCCUGUUCGGCACGAGGACCCGAUUCGUCCUCAUGGUGUUGAUUCUGCUAUGCUUAACAUCCAUAUGGUCGAACAUCCUUGCGUUCAACUUUGCCGUUAUCUGCAUGAACGCCGGCGACAAUUCGACGGCGAACACCGGCAAUCUAGAAGACGGAUUCACGAAUUUCCAAAAAUCGUGGGCGAUGUCGAUUGUUGCAAUCGCCGCGCUCAUCGGCAACUUCCCAGUCGUUCAACUCGUCGGACUCGUCGGAAUCCGAACCGUCUUCACCGGCUUGGGAAUCUUGUCGGCAGUGUCGACACUUCUCGUCCCAGUCUCGAUUAGAAUGGGAUUCUACUACUUCCUCGCGAUUCGCGCCCUUCAAGGAUUCGCGUUCGCCGCCAAUUUUCCGGUCAUCGGCUCGUUCUGCGCCAAAUGGUCCUACUUCAAACAGAGCGGUUUGUUCGUGUCGGCGCUCGUCGCCUACGUCCAAUUGGCGCCAGCCAUCACAAUGCCGGCUUCCGGCGCCCUAUGCGACGCGUUCCAAUGGCCGUCGGUGUUCUACGCGCACGGAGCCGUCUCGCUCAUCUUGUUCGUCACCUAUGGCCUCUUCUAUCGCAACUCGCCGCAGAAGCAUCCGUUCGUCGGCAAUGUCGAAUUGAAGAAAAUCUCGAUCGGAAAAAUCGCCAAUGUCGAGUAUGACGUCAAACGCGCUCUGAAAAAGAUCCCGUAUGGACCGAUUCUCAAGACGCCAGCCAUCUGGGCCGUCUGGAUUGCCGCCAUCGGAAACUUCACAUGCGUCAAUAUGAUGUUCUUGUUCAGUCCAACCUAUCUAUCUCAAGUUCUCGGCUUCCCUGUUCACAGCACGGGUCUCAGCUCGGCGAUCCCGCCACUUCUCCAAUUCCUUGCCAAAUUGAUCGUCGGCGCCAUCUCCGACCGAAUCCACUUCAUCUCCGAGGCCACCAAAUUCCGAAUCUUCAAUUCGGUCGCCUUCUUCGGCUCGGCAGUAUUCCUCACAGUUCUCGCGUUCAUGGGCGACUCGCGAAAAGAUUUGAACAUGGUGGUGCUCGGCAUCUCCGCCGGCCUGCUGGGAGCCACCACCGGCGGAUUCUUCAAAGCCGGACCGAUUCUGUCGAAGCAGUACAGUCAUUUCGUCACCGGCAACGUUUCUCUCGGCAUCACCAUCACAAUGCUGAUCGUCCCGUUCGUCGUCAACGCGCUCACCCACAACAACACCCAAGAAGAAUGGUCGUGGGUGUUCUUGAUCACCGCCGCCGUCAUGGUCGUCACCAAUCUCAUCUUCUGCGUGUUCGUCAGAGGCGAGCCUUGCGAAUGGACAUCCGACGACUUCCAUCGUCCCGGAUCAGUCAUGGAUCUUCAGAACGAGCGUGUCAAGGAGCUCGACGUCGAAAAAGUUGAGCAACGCCUUUAA